GGGGGAGGCUUGGAUUGAGGUGGUCUAGUGGUGUGAGCGCUGGACUGGGACCCUGGAGACCAAGGUUCAAGUCCUGCUCGGUCAGGGAAGCCCACUGGGUGUGGAUCACACACUCUCAGCCCCAGAAAACUGAAAAGGGAAAAGUAAAGAAGGGCACCUGAAAAUGAUCAUCCCUGUUCGAUGCUUCACCUGUGGCAAAGUUGUGGGCAAUAAGUGGGAGGCGUACCUGGGCCUCUUGCAGGCUGAAUACACGGAAGGGGAUGCAUUGGAUGCACUUGGCUUAAAGCGCUACUGCUGUCGGCGGAUGCUUCUGUCUCAUGUAGAUUUGAUUGAAAAGUUGCUGAACUAUGCACCCUUGGAGAAGUAGCAUUGCCACCCUAGAACAGAACGGCCUCUGCCACCAUUCUGGGCAUGCCCUGCAACUUGAUAGGUUAUUCUGAUGGGUUCUUUCUGCUAUGGGGUUCUUUAGUUUGUGUCAAACUAAUCUGGCCUCUUUCACUAGAGGGUGCAAUUGUGCAAUGGAGGGACUCAGUCUCAUUUAAUGAUGUGCAAUAAAAAUUAUGAAGUAUAUUUGUA